CAAUUAUCAACUUCACAUUAAGACAACUGCAUCCGAGUUUUCAUCAUCCAAUUAUUUAAUCACUUUGCUAGUAAAUGCAUUUAACAUGUUUUUGGUUAAUUAGGUUUAGCUAUUUCAUUCAGGUUGAUGUAGCAAGAUCAGAUGAUGCAUUUCAAGCAAAUAUGGAAUGUGAGUUCCAUAGGAAUAGAGAGAGAUUUGGUUUCCUUAAAUGGGGUUCGUCAGCUCUCGAUAACAUGAUUGUUGUUCCUCCAGGUUCUGGAAUAGUCCAUCAGGUGAAUCUUGAAUACCUUCGACUGGUGGUUUUCGAAGCUGAUGGGAGUAGGCAGCAAUGCUUGGCCAGGUUUCAAUGAUCGAAUCAUAUUUGCAAGCGAACAAGUCAAGUUAGUACUUAACAGAAGUUUCGGAUUUCUAUGAUCACGAAAUCUUUGCUGGU